AUGUCUACCGCUGAUGAAUUGAAGGCUUUGGGUAACAAGGCAUUUUCAGGUAAAGAUUUUGCCACUGCCGUCCAAUAUUUCACCAAGGCCAUAAAUGUUUCUUCUACCCCAAACCAUGUUUUAUACUCCAAUCGUUCUGCCUGUUAUACUUCGAUGAGAGAAUACUCCAAGGCCUUGAGUGAUGCUGAAGAAUGUGUCAAAAUCAACCCAACUUGGGCUAAAGGUUACAACAGAGUUGCUGCCGCCGAAUUGGGGUUAAAUAAACUCGAUGAUGCCGAUGCUGCUUAUAAGAAGGCCCUCUCAUUGGACCCGGCCAAUGCUAUGGCUAAAGAAGGUUUGAAACAAGUUGAAUCAACAAGAUCUGUCGGUGCCAAUGCCACUUCCCCUUUGGCUGAUCCAAACUUGAUUGGCAAAUUGAUGACCAACCCAAAGACCAGAAACCAUAUGAGUGAUCCAACAUUCGUGGCAAAGAUCCAAAGAAUGAUGCUGUCAAAUGACCCAUCGAGAUUGGAUCCGCAAGAAAUGUUGAGCGAUCCAAGAAUGAUGGACGUGAUGAGUGUAAUUUUAGGAUUUGAUAUCCCAAGUGCUGCUAGCAGUGCUCCAGCUUCAGAAACAACUCCAGAACAACAAACAACUCCUGUGGCUAAGGACGAUGAUCCAAAAGAGUCAAUUCCAGAGGAAGAUGUUGAAAUGAUGGAAGAACCAGAAGAAGACACCAGGGCCAAGGCUGAUAAGAUCAAGGCCGAAGCCAAUACCCUUUACAAGCAACGUAAAUUUGACGAAGCUAUCGAAUUAUAUAAUAAAGCAUACGAGACUCACGAAGAUAUCACAUACCUUAACAACCGUGCUGCUGCGGAAUUUGAAAAAGGCGAUUAUGACGUUGCUAUCAAGACCUGUGAAACCGCUAUUGACAAGGGUCGUGAAGUUAGAGCCGACUACAAAGUCAUUGCCAAAUCAUUUGCCAGAAUCGGUAACUGUUACUUGAAGAAAGACGAUCUUAAACUUGCGAUCCAAUUCUUUGACAAAUCGUUAACCGAACAUAGAAACGCCGAUGUCUUGACCAAGUUGAGAAAUGCCGAAAAACUCUUGAAGAAGAAGGAAAUUGAAGAAUAUAUCAACCCAGAAAAGGCUGAAGAAGCCAGAUUAGAAGGUCGAGAUUAUUUCACUAAAGGUGACUGGCCAAAUGCUGUCAAGGCUUACGGUGAAAUGAUUAAGAGAGCCCCAGAAGAUGCCAGAGGCUAUUCUAACAGAGCUGCUGCUUACAUCAAGUUGAUGUCGUUCCCUGAAGCGGUCAAGGACUGUGAUGUUGCCAUUGCCAAGGAUCCAAACUUUGUGAAGGCUUUUAUUAGAAAGGCCACUGCCCAAUUGACAAUGCGUGAAUUUGCUGCGUGUAUUGCCACUUUGGACGCUGCCAAGGAAGUUGAUGCUAAACAUAACGAUAGCAAGUCGGCAUACGAGAUCAGUCAAAUAUAUUCUAAGGCUAUGAGUCAAAGAUUUGCUCCAUUGGAUGGGGAAACUGAAGAGCAAACCAGAGAAAGAUUGAGCAGAGAUCCAGAAGUUCAAGGGAUUUUGCAAGACCCAGUGAUGCAGAACAUUUUACAACAAGCCAGUAACAACCCUGCCGCAUUGCAAGAACACAUGAAGAACCCUGAAAUUUUCAAGAAGAUUAAUAUCUUGAUUGGUGCGGGAAUCAUUCGUACUGCCUAA